AUGUUUGAAUUCAUCGGGUUCGUACGUCGGAACUGGACGGCCUUCAAUCCACCACAGGCUGCGAAAGCAGCCGAUGCGUUGAGGAUAGGUCUAUUGGGGGCGUCUAACAUCGCACCAUUGGCUAUCAUUGGGCCUGCGAAGUCACAUCCGGAGGUUAUCAUUGCUGCCAUCGCUGCGCGCGAUGAGAAUAAGGCUCAAGCCUAUGCAAAGAAACAUAGCAUACCGGUUGUCUUCAAGUCGUAUCAAGAGUUGAUUGACGAUCCCUCGAUCGACGCUGUUUAUAUUCCGCUCCCUAAUGGCCUUCACUACGAAUGGGCCUUGAAAUCAAUCAAAGCUGGCAAACAUGUCUUGCUAGAAAAGCCGUCGACCUCGAAUGCCGACGAAGCUGCGUCAUUAUUCCGCCAUGAGCUCCUCAAGCAGCCCAACGCGCCGGUUCUUCUCGAAGCUUUCCAUUCCCGCUUCCACCCCGCUUGGCAGGCAUUCCUUUCCCUCCUCGAUCCCCCUAAUAUUACGAGCGCACAUGCUUCAAUGGUCUUGUGGGAUGGGACCUUUCCUAAUGAUGAUAUACGCUUCAUAUACGAUCUUUCCGGUGGGACGCUUAUGGACCUUGGUACAUACAUGGUUCUUAGCUUGCGACAGAUGCUGGGCACGGAACCGGAGGAGUGCCUCGAAGCUGUCCCGAGGUUGAUGCCAAAAGGGUGGGAUCAGAAGUGCGACCAGGCCAUGAAAGCCAAGUGGCGAUUUCCAAAUGGUGCCAUUGCAGAUAUUGAAGUGGAUUUCGCUGGGAAAGGCGCCUAUGGCCAGCCCAGAAUACGCUUUCCCAGGUGCAGUGCGACGCAUCGCGAGGUCGUGGUGAAAGAUAGUAGCCUGCCUGCUGGGCGGGAACAUGUUAUGGUAAAGACAAUCACGUUUUGGAACCAGAUGUUGCCAACACUGUGGCACCGGAUUGAUAUCUUGGAAGCACACACGAUCCGAAACAUCAACGACAAGAAGGCUAUCAAAACCUGGACGGAGAAGUCUUACAAGAAGGAAUACGUCUGGGCGGAUCAAGGCGAGUCCAAGCCGGCCGGCGAAGAGCAUUGGACGACGUACCGAUACCAGCUCGAGGAGUUCGUGAACCGGAUCAAAGGGAGAGAAGGCUCAGGAUGCUGGAUGGAUGGCGAGGAUUCCGUUAACCAGAUGGCCAUGAUCGAUUCUGCAUACAAGAAAGCUGGGCUUCCGCUUCGACCUACAAGUCUGUACAAAUAGGAGAUGUCGAAUACUAUUUGACUCGAGGGAGUCCUCUGAUCAUUCAAUGCGCAG